CCAGCACAGUUGUGUGGAUGGCCGAAAUGCCGUUAGGUUUGGGUCCUGCAACGUGGCAACAGUGGGCAAACCGUCUCGCCCGCUGAUCGGUAGAUGGAACAUUUCCCGAGGGUCGACGUUUAGGAGUCAGCGUUAUGAAGCAGAGUCGUCCACACAUGGUUCGUCGUAAAGGUUUUUGUAGUUCAACUUGCAGACGUCGAAUGGUUUCAAUUAUGUCCAAGUUGAUCUACUCAAAAGGUAUGAGAGAUCACAAGUUGUCAUUGGAAUAACAUGCAAUUGAUAACUGCUGUGGAUGUAAUUGAACCAGUAGUAGAGGGUGUUUUUAUUAAAGACCUUCCACAACAAGUUCCCCAAUUAAGCACACAUCAACUUCAGUCCAAGAUUGAUUGUAGUAACAGAAUGGUGAAGGAAACUAAAGGUGGUGAAUGUGCCCCAGCUUUGCCAUCAAAUGAUCACCCAAAUAGACACAUUAAAAAACCAGAAACAUUAAAUGGUGCACCACAAACAUCAAGUCCUAUUAAAAAAAUAUUUGAAAUGAGUAAGUCUAUGUCAUUUGACAUGACUGUAAAGAAAGUGACUAUACCUCCUCAGUGGGAGAAACUGAGUUUGAAUUCUACUGAAGAACAUACUGAACUUACGAGCACAGUGUCUACCAAUGGAAUUUCACAUGAGUUGGUGUGUGAUGAAAAGAAUACUGCCCAGGUACCUGAAGAUGGUGAAGUACAAAGGACCAGUAGAGAGUCUGUGGGCUUAGAUUUUGUUGAAGACGGUGAACAGUUUGGUUUGAGUGAUUCUGAAGUUAAUAAGUUGUUAGAAGAUGUAGAUGAUAAAGAAAAUCCAGAAACAUCAAAUACUGAGUCAGGUGUAAGAGAGAAAAGCAGAAUUGAGCAUUCAGACUCUGACAUGUGCAAUGAAACCAUUACUGCAGCAGGUGAUGAAGAUAUGUGUGAAAAUUCAAGCAUUUUAUCAGAUGUAGUUUUAUCACAUAGUGCUAAAGCUGUAAAUGUUAAAUCGAGUAAUUCAGUAGUUGAUGGAAAUGGCUUUUGCAACUCAGAACACUUGAAAAAUGUUAAAGUUUUGAAGCAAAGAAAUGAUACCAAAGUUUUGAAGACAACUGAUAAAGUUAAUGAUGCAGUUGAAGAGAAAACUGUUGAUAAUUUUGUUGAUUCUGAAAGAGAAGUGCAUAUUAAAUUUGUAGAAGAAAAUAAACCAUAUGGCACAGAAAUAUCCAGUGACGUAUCUAGUCACAAUUCUAGUCCUGUGGAACGUGAGAAUGAGAAAAGAAGUGUUAUGUCUCCAAAGUCAGGAGUGUCUCACCCCCAUCCCUGUAGUGACACAUCAGGAGAAAAAGAAUUUCAUUGUCAUCUGCUUCAAGGCGUAGGUGAUGAGGAAUCGCAAGGUGGCGAGACUGGACGAAGGAAAAUAUUGGAUGGUUUAGAAUUGCUGCAGUGUGGAUCAAUGGAACCAAGCGAAAAGUUGUCUGAUGUAGAGAUGCAGAAUGAUUAUACUGAAAACCUGCCUGAAGUGGGAUUGCAGAAUUGUCAUAAUGAACACAACGUCAACUCUAGCGAUACUGAUGUGCAGGAUUGUUCUGGUGAGAAGUCAUUUGGUUUGUAUAAUGACACGGUUCAUUCAGAUAGGAAGUUGACUGCUGUAGAGGUACAAGAUGAUCAGGCCAAACUAGAUGGGUUGUCAUCUGUUAUGGAUGAUGAUGUAGGUACAUGUGACAUGGAUUACCAGGCUGGUCAUGAUAUUAAAGAUGAUAAGCCAGAUAUGAAACUGGCCAACUUAAAAGACCUUGAAACAGAGGGGGAUGAGAAAUUGUGUCUUUUGAAAAAAGAGUCUUCUGAAGCGGAAAUUCACGUAAAUGUUAUCAGUAUACACGCGAGAGAGAGCAACAAAUUGCAAGCAGUUUCCAACGAUAUUAGGAGAACUGACAGAGCAAUAAAUGAAGACAUUGUGCUGAGAACUGAGAACAGCCAUGAGCAAAGUCGCAUUGUUUCUAGUGAAAAAGAUACGUCAUUAGUUGAACCUGAGCAUGCUGUGUAUACUGGAGAAGCUGAUAGGUUUGUGCGGAAACGGACUUCAGCUUUGGACAGUGAUGAUGGCGUGAGACAAGCCAAAAGGACGAGAGUUGAAAAUUGUAAAAGUGAAAAUUUGGAAAGUGCUUCAGAGUGUGAUAAAAAGGGUGGGAAUGUAUUUGGAAAUAGAAAGGAUGAAGAAAAGAAUAAGGCCACAAGAUUUCAAAGACAGGAGGCAGUUAGUGAAAAUAGAGAAAAAACUAGUGUUGCGGACAAAGAAAGCAGUGGAAUGGUUAAAGAUAGUGAGACAGAUAAAGACUUUGCUGAAGUGAACAGAGAAGGUGGUGAGAGGGUCAAAGAAGAGAGUGAAAGGAACAGUGAAGUUAGUGAGUUAUACAAUCAGGGUAGUGAAGCAGACAAAAAGGGUAGUGAAAAGGGCAAAGAAAUGAAUGAUGUUGUAAAUGAUAAUGCCAACAGAGACACAGCAGAAGGGGGCGACACCAAGAAUUCUAGUUCCAAACGUGUUUAUGAACCAGUCAGCAUAAUUGAAGUCAAGAAAGUCCACAUCUCCCCUGAUAUGGGAAAACAGCUAAAACUGGUGGAUGGUAAAAACAGCACUGCUGAGAUGCCACAAAAUGAAGGUGAAGAUAAGCAAGAACGUGUAAAAUCUGCACUUCCUACACAGAAUAAAUCAAACGUGGACCUAGCAAUUGAACGUGUUGCCACUGGGGUAACAGAAGAACCUGAAAAUCCUGAACCACCAGAGCAAACUCAAAAAUUAAACCCCAUGCCUUUCAUGCGAGACCUCCAUGUGAACUUGAUUAAGAAGCUUUCCAGAAAUGAAUUGGAGGAGUUUGUGGUGCAGAAGUUAUGUGAGUCUGUGACUGAUCGUUGCACUUUGGGCGAUUUGCGGCAGAAGUGUCAGUCAUUGGAACAGUUGGUUGACCAGUGGCGCAAGAAGGCUCAGCAGCUACAGAAACAGAAUAGGGAUAUGGAUGUGGUCAUGAAGAGGUGUAUCAGUGAUGUUCGUGCGAAGAAAGAACGGCCGAUUCCAGUUAAAAUAACUCGAUCUGUUGGACUUCAGGUGCACAUGGGACCACCGGGUCCAGGUAUGCUGAGAAAUCGCACGCUGGGCAGCAACAAUCUGAGUAAUCCAGGCCAGGUGAGGCGGAGAGUCAGUAAUAGGGUGUCGCCUCCUCCAGUGGCAGUGCCAAUGCAGCAACAACAACAGAAACAACUACAGCAACAACGACAGGCACAAUCAGCUGUGAGAACAACCUCUACAAAUCCAUUGACAGUGCAGAAGGUUGUAACUCCAGGGUUUACUAAGCUUGCUUCCACACCUACAGCGGCUCCUCAUGUACCUAUCACAACGCUUGUUGGCCCUAUACCAGCUUCACUCAAAAUGAACAUAGUAGCAAGACCUGCUGUCACCACUACCACAACUGCCACCAUCAGUACUGGCUCAGUGACCAGCACUAUUAACACAGUGAACAACAUUGUUGUAAAUACUAGCAACAAUUUGAGGGUUGCUACAGCAUCUCAGCUGAACAACAGGCAGCAGCCAAAUCCAACUGUAUUUGCACCAAAUAAACCUAAUUCUGACCUUAAGGUCAUUGAUCUUACAGAUGAGGAGGACAGGGCUAAGACCACGGGAAUUGUAUGUCCAGUGAUUGCUACUCCAGCUUCAAUUACUACCAAUCUGAUUCCAUCGAGUACUGUUACAACAGCAGUUUCCAUCAGUAAUAAUCCAGGGAUUCAGACUGGCAGCAUUCGGGUUGUGCAGCCGCACCAACUCACUGGUACAACAGCCACUACAAUCCUUGCCCCUUCUACACCAACGCCUCCCACUUCACGGGUGACUUACUUUGUCCCUACAAGUGGAGGAACAGUACAGCAGCGACAGGUGCUCAUUGCAAGUUCUCCAUCACCAGUUCGUCCAGGCAUUAUGAGUGUUCCCAAUCGACCGAACCAACUGCCCACAUUACUAUUUAAAAAUGGAACUGUAGUUCCCAUCCAACAAGCAUCAGGAACAGCUCCUGUUAAUACCACCGCCAUUCUGCGGCCUGGCCCUCCAGUGCAGGCCAGCCAGUUGCAGCAGGUAUUAAAUCCCACAAGGCCUGGUCAGCAGAUCCGUGUGGCUCCAAGUCUUGUCACAACUGUAGGACGGAUGACUGCACCUGCUCUUGCCAAUGUCAGUUCUCUUCUUGGGAAUAAGCAUCCAGCACCACUUCCAAGCACUCCAGCAUAUCAGCCUAGCAAUAUCAACUGGAAGUUUGUACCACCCAAACCAGAACUCAAAAUAUCUAAAGUUGCCAACAAACACCAACAAGGCAUUGUGCUGUCGUGGAACCUGCAGCUGACCUCAGAGUAUGAAGAUAUAGCCAGUUACCAGCUGUAUGCUUACCAAGAGGGUUCUGCCCAGCCAAGCACUACACUGUGGAAAAAAGUUGGUGAUGUGAAAGCUCUGCCGCUGCCUAUGGCUUGCACAUUAACACAGUUCAUGGAAGGGCAUAAAUACCACUUUGCUGUCCGUGCAGUUGAUGUACACACAAGAGUUGGCCCAUUCAGCUCCCCAGGCAACAUUGUACUUACCCGUAAAUAAAACUUUGAGGUGAACUGAACAUUAGAAACUUGUUUUACAAUGAAGACGAGUAGGAAUAUUGUUGCUAUACCAGUUGUGCCAAGCUUUGUUUAAAGAUUAUUAUAAAGCCACGUCAUAAGUGUGACUCCAAUGAAACGUGGAUGUUGACUUCUGUGAAGGACGAGAGUGUAUAGCAACUCAUUUCAGCAAAAGGUGAGGUUGUGUAAAUAAUAAAUAUAAAAAUGAAAAAUAGUUUGGUCCUCCUCUUCCUGGGAUAUGUAUAGUGUAAUUUUUGCAUGGAUCCAUUGGUCCUGAGCAAAUAUUUCUUUGUACAUACUUCUGCUUAUGUAUGAUGUACAGUUUGCAGCUGUAAUCUUGAAACUUGUAAGGUAUGCAGGAAGUUGGAUGGGGUAAAGGCAGCAUGGAUCAGCAUCUAUUACCUAAGCAAAAAACAUUUACUACUUGCUCUACAGUGGUACUACACAAGCACACUUGCUAGUGGCUAAUAUGUUCUAAACUGAUGCUAUGCUACACAGCAAAUAUGGGCCCUCCUUACUUCCUCCACCACCCCACAAGUUUGAAGAUUAUAGUCGUGAAUGGUAGAUCCCAAGCCGUUGUGAAAAGUGAUGAAGACAAUUAUAGUAGUUCCAGUUCUGCUGGUUUCUAAAUUAUCAGUAAACCUGCAAUGUGCAUUGUACAGCUAAAAAUUUGGUUAUUGGUAUGUCUUGACAAUUUGAUUGUUGAAUUUUUAGUGAAAUUUAUGUAAUGCUGAACCUCUUGUUAUUCUGUGAAUUGUGAUUGAGUAGUGGAAUGUUUUUCCUUGCUCAGCUUAAAUUUUUCUCUGCAGAUGAUGGAAGAGAAUGAAAAUCAUAGCUCAGGUUGUAAUUGGUAAUUGUAGUGUGUUUUUGAAUCUUUUUUGCUGUUGUAAUAAACAGAAACUUGAGAUGUGUUGUUAA